GGAAGCCCGGGAGGAGGAGGCCCGGGGAGCCGGGGAUCGGCUGCUGGGGUUCAGGCACCAGGCAGGCGUGGGGAGGCUCCGCAGAGACCCAGCUCCGACCCCCCCCCCCCGGAGCGGGAAGGGGGGCUCCGCUCGCCUCUGACCAUGUGGACCCUGCGCCCCCCGGGCAGGACCGGCGUCUGAGAGUAAAAUGGAUGACCUGACGUUACUGGAUCUUCUGGAGUGCCCCGUGUGUUUGGAAAAGCUCGACGUCACCGCCAGAGUCCUCCCUUGCCAGCACACUUUCUGCAAGCCCUGCCUGCAGAGGAUCUUCAAAGCCCACAGGGAGCUGAGGUGUCCCGAAUGCAGGACCCCGGUGGCCGGCAGCGUCGAGGCCCUGCCGGCCAACCUGCUGCUGGUGCAGCUCCUGGAUGGCCUGCGCGCGGGGCGGCGCUCGGGGCCAGCGGGCUCCCUCCCCAGGCCCGGCCCGCUGACCGCCCGGGACGGCAGGGGAAGCAGGCGCGGCCCCAGGAGUCCGCAGGCCGGCCCUUUCCGGCUGGUGCCCAGUGUCAGGAUCCACAUGGACGGGGUGCCUCGAGCCAAGGCCUUAUGCAGCUACAGAGGGCGGAAUCCCGGUGACCUGAGGUUCAACAAAGGAGAUGUUAUCCUCCUCCGGAAACAACUGGACGAAAAUUGGUACCAGGGGGAGGUCAAUGGGCUCAGUGGGGUCUUCCCAGUGAACUCGGUGGAAGUCAUCAAGCAGCUGCCCCCACCGCCCCCGCUCUGCAGGGCCCUCUACAACUUCGAUCUACGAGACCGGGGCAAGAGUAAGAGCCAGGACUGCCUGACCUUCCUCAAGGAUGACAUCAUCACUGUGAUCAGCAGGGUGGACGAGAACUGGGCGGAAGGAAAGCUCAGAGACAGAGUGGGCCUUUUCCCUAUCUUGUUUGUGGAGCCCAACCUCGCUGCAAGACACCUAUUAGAGAAGAACAAAGGGCGGCCAGCAUCCCGCACCAAACACCUGUCCCUGGGGCCUUCGCCAGCCAGAGACAAGGCCGCCCCCUCGGCCUCCCUGCCCAGAGGCCCCGGGUCCAAGAGGAAGGGGGCCGGCCCUUUCUCCAUCACCACCGCCUUGAACACGCUCAACCGGAUGGUCCACUCUCCUUCGGGGCGCCGGGGGGCAGAGAUCGGCACCCCAGUGCUCAUCAGCUCCAGCAACCCCUCCGUGACCACCCAGCACCCCGAGAAGGCAGAGCCUCCCCCCAACUCCUCAGGGCAGGUCAGCACUCCGCAUCCGACGCCAGCCUCCCCCGGGCCCGGCCCGGCCCCGCUCAGCCCGCCCAGCGCCCAGCAGCCCCCCUCCGCUAACACAAAGACCUCUAGUUUUCCUGAGUCCCGGAGCCCUGGUCUCUACGCCACAUGGACAUUAUCCACCUCCUCUGUGUCCUCCCAAGGCAGCUUUGCAGACGGUGAUCCCCGCCACAGCCAUUCUUUCAGAUCCGUCCUUGUGCCCACGGCGGUCGUCAGCCCGGUGAGGAACACGGCAGGCCCAGGAGCGUCAGGACGAGGGUCUCCCCAGAAGGGGCGAAGCAGCAUGAGAAAGAAUGGCUCCCUGCAGAGGCCCGCACCCUCGGGGCUCCCCACGCUGGUGGUGGGCUCCCUGCGGCGCAGCCCCUCCGUGCCGGUGCGGCCGCAGCAGCUGCAGUUCUACCCGCCGCAGGGCGUCUCCUGCUCCCCCUCGGCCCUGCUGGUGACCAUGGCCCCCAAGCCCGCCCCAGCCGGGGAGCCCGCCCGCACCUGCCUGAGGACCCUCACCCCAGACGGCAGGGAAAUCCCCAACAAGCCACCGGCCUCCGCCCCACCGUCCAUCCUGGUGAAGCCGGAAAAUUCAAGAAACGCCACCGAAAAGCAAGUCAAAACCGUGAGAUUUCAGAAUUACAGCCCUCCUCCCAUCAAACGCUACACCUCCCAUCCGGCCUCUGGAAAGCACGAGCCGCCAGCCUCCCACAAGGGGCCGCAGCCCGAAGCAGCCUCGGAGAUGACCAUCCUGUUCGCCCACCGAAGUGGCUGCCACUCGGGACAGCACACGGAACACCGAAGGAAGUCAGCCUUUGGCAAGACCACAACCCCAGUGUCCGCGGCUCUGGCCCCACAGACUGUGUUUACCAGCAAAUGAAUCUAGGGGUGGCUUUUCUUAGACCCCCACAGAGAGGUGAAUCGCCUUUAAAUACAGUCUGCCUCCACUGAAGACCUUCUACCCUACUUGGGGCUCCGCACGGGCUAUCUGUUCCACCUGCUCUCCCUCGGGGCAAGGGAAGGUGGGGCUAGAAAUCCCCGCACAGGGCUGGGUGACCUUCCCAACAUGGUGCACACACCUCAAAGUGUGCAAGAGGACCGUGCUGCCCUCCAGCGCGGAGGCUUCGGCCUCUCUCCCUCGGUGUUCUGUGUAAGGUGUCUGUCGUGUCCUAAAGGGGACUUGGGGUAUCCUACGGGUCUGGCAGGAUUGUUGGCAUUGCUGUCUUUCUUCUCUCAUCAUCACUUUAGAACAGCCUCCUCCGUCUUGUAAAACCUACACGCUGGCUACUCGUAGCUGCCAUAUUUUUUCCCAUGGCAGAGUCAUGAUUCUGCCUGCAAAAGAAGAACUGGGAGGAGAAGCGGGUAUAGGAUCAAUACUGGGAGCAUUCUGGAAAAAAAAACCCUGAAACUAAGAGAAGCCAGCUUCCUGAGUUUGUUCCAUACGAAAAGUCCAGAGAGGAAGCUGUUACCAAACACCAAGCAAUGAUCAUACUCUCACUUCGCGUGCUGCUUCCUUUCUUAGAAUUGUAUUCAACUGGUAAGCCGGAAAUCUGGAGUGAGAGACAGGGCUAUGCAGAUGUCAACAGACCAUUCAUUCAUUACACUCCCUGAAGUAAAAUGUGUCUUUAAAAGCUUUCAGAGCAAGGGGCUAAGAGAUAUGUAUUCUGUUUGUUGAUAACAUUCUUGCUUUCCUGGAUUCUUGUCCUUGGGAGCAGCUAAGUGGCUUCCCCAUGGGACAACAGUGCAGACAGAGGACGUGCCAUGCCAAUCCAAGGCUGGGGACAGGACACUUCGUAAAGGAACAUUGCCAAAAAGGCCCAAGAUUAAGAAGGUUAGAAAGGAAAAGGGGUGAAAGAAGAGAAAGGAGGUAGAAAAUGUGGAAUAGAGAAGGAUGACGGGAAAUGAAUAGGGAAAAAAAUGAAUGUAUCAGGAAAGGAAAUAAAAGAUGUGAACAGGAAGCUACCUUUCUCUUAAGGACGAUGUGCAAUGGAGAAAGGGUGAGACCAGGUGACCCCAUAAACACGGGAUUGAAAUGAGUGGGACCAGCCAGGCAGCGCCUUGUAAACGGGAAAGGAGGCAUUCCAGGGAGCAAGGCCACCCUACAAGACAGCCCAUUCAUUCUCAUUAAACUUAAUUGUUGUGAUUUAACGUUCACGGCAUGCCCAUCAGUGUGGACACUUGGAUGCGUAAACGCCAUUUGCAAAGCCUGGGUGCCAGUUUAAAUAGGCAGGUCUCUGCAGACCGCUCCUACCAAGAGUUCUUGAAGGUCUCGAGGUUGCAAGCCUUUGUCUUUUGCCGACCCACACACUGGCGAAUCCGUGAUCCAUAGACUUUUCCAAAUCUUCAUAGGAUGAGACAAAACCAUAAUCCUGACAAGAGUCCACGUACACUGGACCGUUGAGGGUGGUAAUUCUAAAACAUUUCUGCGGGUUACUCCUAUGCAUUCCGCAAAACUAACAUGGCCAAGACUAUGCCUUAUUGAGCUGAAUAUGAUCAUCUAGAUGGAGGAGUGACGUGGUCCCAAGAACCGGGAGACAUGGUUGGUAGGAUUUGUCAAAAUAGGGGUGCCUCCACCGUGUCUUUACCCAAAAAACCAUUCUCGGGGAGUUUAGCAAUGAGUUCAGCAAUCUGUAACCAGAGGGGCAGAGCUUUGGUAUGAUGAGCCAACCGAAUCUUUAGCCUGUUCCUUGGUAGCAAUGGACCCGGUGAGUUGCUAACUUUUAUGGCUGUCAAGCAGGCAGAGACUUGCCCUGGCAACAGGUGAAAAUAGAACACGAGACCAAAGAGCCUUCCAUUGGCCUCCUCCUCCACCGCGUCAUCUGAGAAGUAGAAACAACCCACAGCUUGCCACUUCCCCUUUCACCAGACAUCUCACCCCAGCCCACCAUCAAACCCGGCCCUUCCCAACCCGAAGCCCCGCGUGCCAGAUAGAGUUCUGUCUGACAGCGCUUGAGAAAAAUGACGUUGCUCCCAAGUGAAAAGUGGCCAGUGGCACUUGCCACUCCUCCUUCCAACAUGGCGCCCGCAUGUAAUUCCCACAAAAGCCGAGUUCAGCCGUCAAUGUCCCCGUUACAGAGCCAGGGACACAGAGGCCUGACGAUUAAUCACAGACAGUAGACGAGCAAGGAUGCAGACUCGAGCUUUCUGAUAUUAACGCCCACCUGGGAAGCGUGGAAUGUGAGCCAGACACCCGCCCUCGCCUUGGUUACCAGUGCAGGCGUCUGGCACGCUUGCUGAAGAGAACCUGAGUUCAAAUCCUCAUGUACCGUGGUCUGGCCAUUUGAUGUAAAUUACUGAAUUUCUCAGAGCUGCUUUCUCUUAAAUAGAAAUGCUAGCAGUGUCAACUCUCACUGGGCUGUAGUGAGAAUUAACAUAAUAAAAUAGAGACUUAAA